AUGGUGCUGGACCUGGACCUGUUCCGCGCCGAUAAAGGCGGAGACCCCGCGGCCGUGCGGGAGAUGCAGCGGAAGCGCUUCAAGGACCCGGCGCUGGUGGACGCGCUGGUGCGGGCGGACGGCGCCUGGCGGAGGUGCAGGUUUCGUGCCGAUAACUUGAACAAACUGAAGAACCUGUGCAGCAAAACCAUCGGGGACAAGAUGAAGAAGAAGGAGCCCGUAGGGAGCGACGAGUCCGUGCCAGAGAGCGUGCAGAACCUGGACGAGCUCACAGCCGACAUCCUGGGGGGGCUGCAGGUGUCCCAGAUCAAGAAAGUCCGUCUCCUCAUCGACGACGCCAUCCUCAAGUGCGAUGCGGAGCGCGUCAGGCUGGAGGCAGAGCGCUUCGAGAGCCUCCGGGAGAUCGGGAACCUCCUGCACCCCUCAGUGCCCAUCAGCAACGAUGAGGAUGCGGACAACAAGGUGGAGCGGAUCUGGGGGGACUGCACCUGCAGGAAGAAGUAUUCCCACGUGGACCUGGUGGUGAUGGUGGACGGUUACGAGGGAGAGAAGGGGGCUGUUGUCGCGGGAAGCCGGGGCUACUUCCUGAAGGGUCCCCUGGUGUUCCUGGAGCAGGCCCUGAUCCAGUACGCCCUGCAGAGCCUCCGCGCCAAGGGCUACACUCCCGUCUACACGCCCUUCUUCAUGAGGAAGGAGGUGAUGCAGGAGGUGGCCCAGCUCAGCCAGUUUGACGAGGAGCUCUACAAGGUGAUCGGGAAGGGCAGCGAGAAGGCCGAGGACAGCUCCAUCGACGAGAAAUACCUCAUCGCCACCUCGGAGCAGCCCAUCGCCGCCCUGCACCGCGACGAGUGGCUGAAGCCGGAGGAUCUGCCCAUCAAGUACGCGGGGCUGUCCACCUGCUUCCGCCAGGAGGUCGGCUCGCACGGCCGCGACACCCGCGGCAUCUUCCGCGUCCACCAGUUCGAGAAGAUCGAGCAGUUCGUCUACGCCUCGCCGCACGACAACAAGUCCUGGGAGAUGUUCGAUGAGAUGAUCGCCACGGCCGAGGAGUUCUACCAGUCCCUGGGCAUCCCCUACCACAUCGUCAACAUCGUCUCGGGCGCCCUGAACCACGCUGCCAGCAAGAAGCUGGACCUGGAGGCUUGGUUCCCGGGCUCGGGGGCGUUCCGUGAGCUCGUGUCCUGCUCCAACUGCACCGACUACCAGGCUCGCCGCUUGCGCAUCCGCUUCGGGCAGACCAAGAAGAUGAUGGACAAGGUGGAGUUCGUGCACAUGCUGAACGCCACGAUGUGUGCCACCACCCGGACCAUCUGCGCCAUCCUGGAGAACUACCAGACCAACGAGGGCAUCGUCGUCCCCGAGCGCCUGCGUGACUUCAUGCCCCCAGACCUCCGCCAGAUCAUCCGCUUCGUGAAGCCGGCCCCCAUCGAGCAGGAGCUCUCCAAGAAGCAGAAGAAGCAGCAGGAGGGCGGCAGGAAGAAGGCGGCGGGCGGGGAGCGGGUGCUGGAGGAGCAGAUGCAGAACAUGGGCGUCAGCAGCGCUUGAGCCCUUGGGCUCCGCGGGGCUCCGUGCCCGUCCGGCUCCUUCGCUUCGGGCCGUGUCUGGGGCGGGAGCUGCUGGUCCCCACCCGGCCCCACGGGGCAAAGAACUGACAGCAGUGAGGCUCCGGCCCAAAGUGGGGCUCCGGCCCCCCCUCCCCCCUCCCCCCGAGCGGGGUCAGUGCAUGGCAGGCUCAUGGCAGGGGUGGAAACCUUCCUCUCCUUCAACCCAAUAAAGCAAAGAGAGCUGCUCA